UGGAGAUGGACCAGUAAACUACACAGUCUCAUCUCUCACCGCCAGAACAUGGUACACAUUCACUCUUUUCUCUGUGAUUGAGAACAUCAGGAGCAGUGGAGUCAGCAUCACUGCAGCUACCGGACCCAAUUUGGUCGUUGGAUUACAAAUUAAACUAAAUUCAUUUACUAAACUAGAUUCAGAUCUCCAGGAUAUGUUGGCACAGCUCUUUAAUUACUAUGGGAUACAGCCACAGAUUUCCAUAAAUGUCCUAUCUGUGAAGCCAUGAGAUGAGUGGAGAACAACAUCGUUUUCUAUGCUUCCCCGAAAAGAGCAGAACUGGAUGAUGGGAAUAUUUUUAAUGCCAAACAAAAUCAUUAUUUUAGCUUUAUGUAUCUGUAACAGUGAAAUCAUUAUCAGAUUAAAUAUCAUAUAUAAAUUGGUUAAGACCAUGUUAAGCUUUCUUUAUUGUUAUUGUUUUGUUGUUGUUAUUUGUUUGAAAUAAAUCAUCUGAGAGUGCUGAAAUUAAUUCAUCCACUUUUUCCUUGUUGCUAAAGCCUACAUGUAUUAUAUCAAUAUAUAGAAAGAAAUACCAGACAAAACAAAUGCAAUACUUCACCUGAGCCAGACUUUACUCCUCCCACCUUCAAACAACAUGCAAGAUGAGGCUCAGAGGGAGUGGUAACAGCUGAAUGGGAGGACUUUCCCAACCACAAUCCCAUUAUUUGCCUUUGCUCCCUCCGAGGUCAUCUUUCACAUUCAGGAAAAAGGUAGGACUUGGACUUAAUGAGAGCCGGUUCAGAGGCCAUGGCCGCCCCCAGCGCUCUUCUUUCAGCGGUGCAGUUUCAGUGCUGCAUCUGUCAGGAUGUUUUCUCAGAGCCUGUCUCCAUCCCCUGCGGUCACAGCUUCUGCUUCGCCUGCAUCACAUCACACUGGGAUGACAGCCUCCCCAUCAGCUGCCCCAAAUGUCAAACAGAGUUUGAAGAGCGUCCAGAGCUUUGUGAAAACUCUUUUGCCAAAGAAAUGUCUGAGCAGAUCCGAGCCAGGAGGCAGAAUGGUGUGACGUCGGUGGCAGGAAAACCCAUACGCUGCGAUGUGUGUGUGGGAAAGCAAACAAAAGCUCUGAAGUCCUGCCUCGUGUGUCUGACUUCAUACUGCGAGAGUCACCUGGAGCCUCACCUGAGAGUUUCCACCCUGAAGCUUCACAAGCUGAUUGAACCUGUGGCAGUGCUGCAGAACAGGAUGUGUAAACGGCAUCAGAGGCUGUUGGAGUUGUUCUGCAGAAGUGACCAGAGGUGUGUUUGUGUUCUGUGUACCGAAACUGACCACCGUUGUCAUGACACCGUCCCAGUGGAACGAGAGAGCCAGGAAAAGAAGGCCGAGAUGAAAAAGAUUGAAGCCAAUGUUCAGUAUAUGAUCCAGGAGAGAGUGCAGAAAGUGGAAGAGAUCAAACACAAUGUUGAGCUUAGCAAAGAAAACUCAAAGAGGGAAAUUGAGUUAAGCAUGGAAGUUUUCUCAGCUUUGUUUUGUACCAUGGAGAAAAGUCGGGCAGAUCUGGUGGAGAUGAUCCAGAGGAAGCAGGCGGCAGCAGAGGAGAGAGCAGAAAGGAUCAUCACUGAGCUGGAGAUGGAAAUUACUGAACUGCAGAGGAGGAGACGUGAGAUGGAGCAGCUUUUUCACACAGAGGAUCACCUCCAUGUUGUGCAGAGGUUUCCAGCUCUGAGUUCUCCUCCAACUGCCAAAGUCUGCUCUGACAUCUUCGUCCAUUCAGACACAUGUUUGGGGACUGUAAGGAGAGCUGUGGCCAACAUUCAACAUCGGCUGCUAUCAGAACUGAAACAACUUUCUGUUCAAGAGCAUGACAACAUCCAACAUUAUGCAGUUGAUAUCCAACUGGACCCGAGGACGGCCAACCCCUGGCUGGUUCUGUCGGAAGAUGGGAGACAAGUACAAGAUGGAGAUGUUGAACAAAACCUGCCUGACACACCUGAGCGUUUUGACACAGCACCGUGUGUCCUCGCUCUCAGGGGUUUCACCACUGGCAGGCACUAUUGGGAGGUUGGUGUAGGAGACAAGACUGCGUGGGACUUGGGUGUAGCUCGAGAGUCUGUCAGCAGGAAAGGUGUUGUCACACUGAGCCCUGAGGACGGUUAUUGGACUGUUUGCUUGCGGAGUGGCAGCGAGUACCGGGCAUGUGAGGGCCAGGCACAGCUGCUUAGCCUCCCUCAGAGGCCGCAAGUUAUUGGGGUUUUUUUGGACUACGAAGAUGGAACAGUGUCCUUUUAUGAUGCAGAAGCCAAGACUCACAUCUAUUCAUUUACAGAGGUCCAGUUCACUGAGACAAUGUUUCCCUUUUUCAACCCAGAUAUGAGAGACAGCGGCACUAAUAAAUCACCACUUAUCAUCCGCCCUGCCAGUCAAGUGUAUGGAGGAAGAGAUUUAGAUGAUAUCACAAUAUGAUCUGUAUUCAGAAUUUUCUAUUUAUUAUUCUGUUGCAUAAAAAAGCUCUGUAUUUACUAUUAUGUUCAUUAUUUCAAUGACAAAAUGUAUAUAAUUAGUUUUUUAUCAGUAAUACAGUAUGAAUUAUCUUUAUUUGAAACAUAAAUGUGCACAU